AAAUGGAGAAAAAACAGAGUUAGGCGCCCAACUCAUCAAAAGUGCUAGUAUCAGUUAGGAGAUUAAGGAAUUUGUCACAAGAACAUUUUAGGCAAUCAGUACGCUCUAGUAUCUCAACAGUAUGCCCGAACAAGUAAAAUCUGGUGCGAUCUUACAGGCUCUUGACCGGUGGGUGGCGGUAGUUACCGAAAAGCAUUAGAGAGGACGAGGAAGAAGAAGAUGGCGUUAUUUUCAAAGCUCGUUAACGGCUGUUGUCCUGGUGCUUGUGUGUGUACGCUUUUAAACGGCACCGUUUAUUAGCUAAUGUUGCUGAGUUUUUAGGCAGCAACCUUGUCAAAGAGCUUGAUUUUUACACACAAGCGACCAUUAUGCCGAAGGUUGUUUUAUUUUUCAGUUAACCGCUGUCUUACUUUUUAUGGUGUCGAAUUUUUAAACAAAUUUUCGCGGAGAACAUAAAAUUGACAACAUUAUGGACAACAUGGACUUCUCAGAAGAAGAAAUUCAACAGCAACUGGCUAUACUUGGCUAUAAGACCAUACCAAAACACAGGCUGCUGGAGUUUAAGCAAGAUCUUGAUGAACUGAUACGCCAUGGGCAGUGGAAAAACCUGGCCUCUCCCACACCUAUAAGCAUACACGCUCAGGCAGCAGCAUCUCUGUCAAGUCUUCCUGCUUAUACUAAAGAAAAAGUCAACCUGUCAUACAAUUACAAAUCAGGGGAUGGAUUUUUUCUACAUGAAGAAAAAACGGGCCGUGACUCAACGCUGUCCAAUACACAGAAGAGCGAACACAGUGGAUGGUCACUUAGCUGUGGCGACUCGUACGCUGCACUGUCUGUGGGUCCGAGGCUGCAUUUCUCAGCUGAUGCUCCUAAGAGGCUACAGGAGGAGCCAGAUACCGAAGACACCCUGGACUCUCUGCUGUCUGACAGCUACACUUCCUGUUCAGACCACCAGCAGAGGCGAUUAAUAAAGAGAAAGGUUUUAAGAAAACGGAAAGGAAAGUCUUUCAUCUGUUCUGAAUCGAUUUACACAGAUGACUCGGAUGUUUCGAGCUGCUUAGAAGAGCGAAUGGCUGAGCUUGAUCUAAUCUCAGAUCGGAAAGAUUACGAUGCAGAUGAGAACAACUCCCAGGGUUCAGAGAGCGACGCUGUCGACUUCACUGCCUUAAAAUCGUAUAUUGACGUCGUGACUCAAAGUGAUCGGGAAGUACGGCCCAAACCAAAAUCUUUCAUCCGCCCGGUGAUGUGCCAAAGAGCCUUUAAGAAGAAUGAUCCAGUGACUAGGUAUUUCCAGUACAAGGAGAUGUGGGACGCGUUCCAGGUGCCUGGAGACAACGUCAGGAAAGCUCUCCGAUGGGAGAUUAAGGAAAAACUUUCAUUCCAGCCUCUCCCGAAGCCCCGAAGGGUUUAUGUUCCCAACACCUACACGGUGCCGACGCAGAAGAAACGCUCCGAGCUUCGCUGGACGAUCAGGAACGAUCUGGCAAACCGUCGCCUCCCACAAAAGUUUAAUUCUCAGUUUUAAGCUGCACAAUUUUCAAAACUGUUUUUGUACUUUUUACAAGUAUAAUUAUUUAUUGUGACAUUCAGAAUAAACAAA